UUUGAACUGCGUUAGAGCAGACGAGAGAGAGCGCGAGAUCUAGAGCUAGAGACGCCGUCGUUAGGCGAGAGCUCGGCGUCGAAGGCAAUGGAACGCGGCGCGACGAACCCUCCGCCUGCUACCGAUCGCUCCUCGCCCAAGCCCAAGUUUUCGGUGUACCAGAACCCCGCCAUCUCCGCUGCGCUCACUGCCCAGAGCCGCCGCCCCUCGCCCUACGAGCUCUUCCUCCUUUUCUCCUGGUCCCUCGCCUCCUGCGUAUCCCUAUUUUACCUCCACUCCAGGGGAGAAGAUCUCGUCAAAAUCAUCAUUCGGCUCCGGAUCUCCUCUAGCACAUCAGAGUUUCUUGUUAAGUCAUUGAAAACGGUGAUUGUGCUGGUGUUUGUCACCUUCCUCUCAACUUUAGUUCGAGCCUUAUCACUGCGAAAUACGAACAAUGCUUCGCGAAUUGCUGCUGCUGGGUUGUCUUCCCACAAAGCCAAAGAGCAUCAGACUGCGCUCACUUCCCGCCAGAGCCUUUUAGGCUUGAACACAAUCCCAUCUGAGAGUGUUAGUAACAUAGAGUCUAACAAGAAGCCGCCCAAGUCAAGGUCCAUUUUGGCUUCUGAGUCUCUUGGCCCUAUCAGUAGGUCAACCUUCAGCUAUACACCUUAUCGCCAAUCUCGAAUUGCCUCUGACCAACUGUAUUCAAGCAGUGGAAAGAAGGCUACAUUGUCACCAAUGUCACCACCUUCUUCUCAGUCUCAACAUGUAUCUCCUGUGAGCCCAUGGUCAAGGAGAAGUGCAGGACGUGCAAAGGGUAUUCAGUCAGAGGCAAUGCUGGAGCAAUACUUGGCUCAAGUGGGUGAGAUGUAUACUGAACCAACUCCUGUCGAGGCUACACCUUCGCCACCUCUUCGAGGUUUUGUCAUUGCUAGUCCUAGUUCAGUUACUUCCCAGAGUACUUCAGGUGCUGCUAGAAGUACAGCAUUGAGGCCUGCUAGGAUGUCCCCUGGUUCACACCAGAAGUAUAGCACGUCACCAAAGAAGAGGGAGGGGGAUCUCCCUCCUCCCUUUUCGAUGGAACAAAUGGUUGAAGCAUUUGAAUCUUUGGGUAUCUACCCACAAAUUGAGGUUUGGAGAGACCAUCUCAGACAGUGGUUCUCCUCCAUGUUGAUCAACCCACUUUAUCGGAAGAUUCAGACAAACCACAUUCAGGUUGCACAAACAGCAGCAAGUGUCGGUAUCACAAUUACAGUCAGUCAGAUUGGAAUUGACUCACUCAAUGGCUCAGCACCGGUUAACUUAUCUCCAAUUACUGGCACAACAGAGUGGCUACCUACAGUAACAGUGGAUGAGGAUGGUUUGCUCCAUCAGCUGCGUGCGUCUCUCUUGCAAGCACGCGAUGGCUCAAUUUCACAGACACAAUUUGCUAGAAUGCAGCAACCACAGGCAAACUCAAUCCUCCCUUUCAUACAAGCAUGUAUUGACGCCAUAACAGACCACCAGAGACUUAAAAAGUUGAUGAAAGGAGAGCUCAUUAAGGGUUUACUUCCACAAAGUAGUGUUCGUGCUGAGUAUACAGUUAAAAGGGUUCGAGAGCUUGCUGAAGGAACAUGUUUGAAGAACUAUGAUUAUAUGGGGAAUGGAUGCGCUAAUGACAAAGGAGACAAGAAAUGGAAUAACGAACUUCCUACGGAUUCACACUUGUUGCUGUACCUUUUUUGUGCUUUCUUGGAACAUCCUCAAUGGAUGCUACAUGUUGACCCCACAUCUUAUUCUAGUGCCCAGUAUAGCAAGAAUCCCUUAUUCCUUGGGCUUCUCCCUCCGGCAGAUAGGUUUCCAGAGAAGUAUGUUGCUGUGAUCUCUGGUGUGCCAUCUGUCCUUCACCCAGGAGCUUGCAUAUUGGCCAUUGGAAAGCAAAGUCCUCUGACAUUUGCAUUAUAUUGGGACAAGAAAUUGCAAUUCUCUCUUCAGGGAAGAACAGCCUUGUGGGAUUCUAUUUUGCUUCUGUGUCAUAGAAUAGAAACAAGCUAUGGAGGUGUUGUCAGGGGUGUCCAUCUCGGUUCUUCUGCUCUCAACAUCCUUCCCGUGUUCAAUACCGACACAGAAAACUGAAGGACUACUACAGAUCAUGCACGCUUCGCAUUUAGCUCAAUGAUUUCACCAGUAGGAUAUUUAGGAGAAGCCUUUAACCAUUUGAACUUCUGAAAGGUACUCAAGAUAUAUUAUGCCUGUAAAAUAUGUUCUCAUUUGCCUUACCAUUUAUAGACGUUUGCUUGAAAGAUCUCAUCGUUUGGGAUGCCCUCAGUAGUUGCAAUGGUGAACGGACUGAUCUUCUAGUCGGUAAUGUCAGUGCUAGGGUUUGAGGAAACUCUGAAGGUAUAUUCCAAACAUUGGAAGAGCAUCAUUGGGGUUUGUUAUCAUCAUUAUCAUCAUCAUCAUUAAGUGGUAUUUAUCUCAAUGACUUGUGGCUGCUAUAUGCAUCGUAUCCCAUCAUCGCCUCGCAAUGACUUGUACUGUCCAAGCAUUUGGAUGGAAAAUCUCGUAUUUAAGCAUAUUUAAGAAUUUUUAGUUUUUGGAAAUUAUCAGAUUCCUGAUGCUAUGUUUAAGUUAGAGAACCUAAGUAAACUUAACAUGUAAACGCUACUUGCUUAAGUAGAAAUCUUUUAGUAUUUAAGCAUUA